AUGGUGAUAAAUAGUUUUUUAUCCUUUUUAUUAAUAUUUAAUAUAUAUGGUCAAAAAAAUUUCUUUUUGGUAUUAGCAAAUUUAGAUGUCCCAGCUAUUGGUUUCUUUGAUCCUACUAGUUUAUUAAAUUAUAGUAAUAUUGACACUGCAUUAGUAGAUGAUUGGAUAGAUAUAGAUAAUAUUAAUAAAACUAGUAAUCAGAAUAUAUAUAGAUUACAAUCAUUACCAACUUCAAAUAUAUAUUCUUUAUUACCAAAUUCUGUAUAUAGUAAAACUUCUGAUCCAAUAUUAGUUCAUUCUAUACAUAUGGGGGUUAUUUUCCUAAAUAAAACGAAAUAUAAAAUAGAUUCUAGUGAUUAUUUAUAUAAAACAAUUAAUUAUGGGCAAAUAGCAGAAUUAUCUACUAAUGGAAAUAUUACAACUAGUAUGGUCAUUGUACAAUUUAAUACUGAAAUGAUACCUAGUAUUAAUUCUAUAAAUAAAUUUUCUAUUAAUUUACAAAUAAAAACAAAAUUAAAAAUAGGUGGAGUUGUGACAUUAUCAUUAAUAUCAUUACAUCCAGAAAAUAUAAAAAAUUCUACAAAAAUUCCUUAUCUAAGGGGUAUAUCUUUUAAUUCUAUUGGAAUUAUAGUUUCACCUUAUAAAAAUUAUUAUAAUAUUGAUAUAUUACCCUUAUUUAAAAAAUUACCUAAUGGUUUUAUAACUUCAAAAAUCUCAUUAUUAAUUCAAAGUCAAUAUGGAUCUAAUCAUUUUGAAAUAUCUAGGGAUAUAUAUGCUACUUUAAUAUUAUAUCCACUUGUUUUGAGUACCCCAUUAUAUGAUAAUGAAUCUUUAGGAAUGAGAGCAAUACAUCAAAAUAAAUUAAUUCAAGUUAAAACAACAUCAAUUUUUGGUAUUUCAAUUAUUGAUCCUUAUUCAGAUGAAAAAAUAAGACUUGCUAGUCAUUGUCCUGGAGUUGUUGGAGGACAAUGUACAGUUCAAACGACAUCUUUAGCUACUACAAAUGCAAUUAGUAUUUAUGGUUUUCAAUUAUCAUUAGCAGGUAUAUAUUAUGCUAUUAAAAAGAUUCAAGUAUUUAUUAAAGUACAUAAUUAUCAAAAUCUUAAUUUAAAUCAAACAGAUCUUAUUGUAUCAAUAUUACCAUCCAAUUUCUCUUUAAUUGAUCUUGAUAUAAAUCAAUUAAAAAAUUCUAUAAUGCAUCCUUUGACAAAAUUUAAAUCUAAUUUUAUAAUUGAUAAUACACAAAAUAUAGUUUUGGAUAUAACUCAAAUAUUUAUAUCACAAAUAAAUCUAGAAAUUGAAAAUAUCAUGAUAUCAUUAUCAUAUCCUUCAAGUUUUACUGGAAUAUUAUUUACUUCUAAUAAAGCUAGAUUAGAAUAUCAAUAUGAUCCAGCUAUAACAUAUUCAUCUUAUGACUUAUUAAGAGAUAAAAUUUUUACUAAUAAUAAUAUUGCAGCAAUUGAUACUGCAUAUUUUGAUUUAAAUGGAAGAUUUAUUCAUCUUUCUCCAGAAUUACAAUUUUAUAAUGACCAAAAUCAAAAUAUCACAGCAUUAAUGCAUUUUUCAAUUCCCUUUGUAACAACUCAGAGUCUUAUUAGUGCUAAUUUAACAAUUACUGAUAAAAAAUUACCUAAUAUUAAAUCACCUAAAUAUAUUAACUAUGAAUUAUAUAUUGUAAAGACUCCAAAUUUUUCUUCAAUAAAUUCUCUGAAUGAAUUAAUAAUUAUUUCUGAUAAAAUUCAUUUUAAAUUAAAUACAUCAAAUACUACAAUAAUUGAUGUUAUGAGUUUAUUAAGUUCUGCUAUAAAUACUGAAUAUUUCUCAAUGAAUAUGAUCACAUUUGUUAUUAAACCAGUUGAAAAGUUACAGCAUUCAAUUUCAUUAUCUCUAUCAUUUUUACAAUUACAAUGGAAUGCUGGAUUAGUAUUAUUUAAAGGCACAAUUGGUGGUAAUACAUAUAAUAUACAAGUCAAUUCAAGUAAAAUUGGACAAUUAGAUUCUCAAUUUAAACCAAAUAUUUCGCAAGUAAAAAUUCAAAGAAAUUCGCUUGGACUUUUUCAAUUUGAUCUUUCAAAGAUCCCUUGUCUAUCUAACAUUAUAAAAGUAACUUCAACAAUUAACUUUACUGAUCCUUUUUGUCUAGGAGAUAUUGAAUCCAUUGGUUUAAGUAGUUUUGAUUGGAAUCAUUUCAAUAAUAGUCAAAAUUUUAUAGAUAAUAUAUCACAAUAUAGUACUGAUCCAUCAGUUCCACCAGCUCUUACUUCGAUUCCUGAGAUUAUUCAUAGGCCAUCUCCAUUUUGUAGUCCCAUUAAUUUAGAUCAUAUCCUUACUUAUGGUGGAGCUGCUUUAUUUUCUAAUCCAAAGACAUCCACUAUAGCUAUUAAAUCUACAACAUCUCAAAAUUCCUUUAGUGCUGAUUUAAUAACAAUGAAUAUUACAUGUUUAUUAAAUGAUGGAGUCUAUAGUGAUAUUAGGGUUGUAUAG